CAUGCGUGAUGCACCACACGCUAAGGAACAUCGAUUUAUAUUUCAAGCACGAAAUAUUCCAAUACGGCGGCAGCAGCAAAGGACGCGGCGUGUGUUAUGCUUUGCUACAACAUUUAAAAACACAGACGAAGAAAGAGGUAAUAUCGGCUUCAAUGGGCAAUCUUGCUAUAGCUUUUUGCCAUUAUGCAAAUAUAUUAAAAGUCGCAGUGAAAGUGGUAAUGCCGAAAACAGAGCACACAUAUCAAAAAUCAGAAUGUGUAAAGAAUUGUCCGGGCAGUACGCCAAAGUAAUAAUCGAAGGCGAUGAUAUAAAAAGUGCUACAAAAACCGCAAUGGAAAUUGCACAGAAAAAAGACCUGGUUUACAUUGGGAUGAUCAUCCCAACAUCAUCAUUGGACAAGGAACCUUAGGUUUGGAAAUCGCUCGCGAGAUGCCUGAUCUUGAUGCGGUGAUUGUACCUGUUGGAAGUGGUGGAUUGAUUGCGGGUAUAGCAGUAGCUUUACAGAAAACAAGUCCAACUACAAUGGUUAUUGGAGUCGAGUCAGAAAUGUGUCCGAAUUUCAGCAAAGCGCGCGAAGCGGGCAAACCAGUGGAAGUCCCUUUAAAAUUUUGCAGCUUGACUGAUGAAUUGGCAAUUCCUGUGAUAGGACAUAACGCGUUUUACAAUGCGAAUUCAUUGAUCAAAACCAUGAUCACGGUCAAGGAAGAGUGGGUAGAAGCCGCGAUUUUGAAGUUAAUUGAAGAUGAGAAGUACGUCGUCGAGGGUUCGGGAGCGGCAGGUUUAGCAGCAAUCUCAUCUGCUCAGCUUAUGAUGAACCGGCGGUCUGAUAGAAAAUGGUGCAUAGCGUUACCAUUGUGCGCUGGUAAUCUUUCUCCGAGCACCACGGAAACUUGCAUCUAAUUCGGGUUAACCGCCAUGAAUUGUCUUUUGGAAUUCACGGUACAACUUAUGAAUAGGCCGAACUAUAUAGAACAGCUCCAUAACGAUCUGAUUUCGUAAAAACGACACAAUUACACUGUGAUGACAACAAACAAACUCCGAACGAUAUACUAAUAAUAAGGUCGUGCCCCUUCCUUUUCCUUUCCCACCGAAGAACACAUUCAAUCUUGGAACCGAUCGAAUCGAAUACGUUAUUAACUGUCAUACGGUUGAUGUGUCGCAAGUAAAACGUGGAACAAGUGAUUUUUGACUUUGUGCAAAACCAUGUCUGAGGAGGCGAUGCUUAUUUCACCGGGUGGAUCUACUGUGUCGUCAAAUUCGACGGACAACUCUUUACUAUCUUCUGAAGUGCAAGUUACACAUGAAAAUGCUUUGGAGCAAAUUGAUUCGUCUAAUGUGUCAUCAAAUUUGACCGAGGGUCACUAUCUUCUGAAACACAAAUUACAAAGGUCUCUAUCUUCUGAAACGCAAAUUACAAAUCUAGAAACAAUUACGUUGGAGCAACUUGAGUCGGUUAGAAAUGAACUGCGUAAUAACACAAUGAUAAAAGUGACAUCAUGCGAGCCUACACGCGCAAUAUCAAAUAAGUUCAGCACACUUAACAUAAACUGCUACAUGAAGUUUGAGAUGCGUCAACACUGCGGCAGCUGCAAAGCGCGUGGCGCAGCUUAUGCUGUACUCCAACAUUUUGCAAAAUACCAAAUGAAACCUAUAGUAUCAGCUUCGUUGGGCAAUUUUGCUAUAGCCCUUUGUUAUUAUGCGCCUCAAUUCGAAAUACCUAUAACGGUAAUAGUGCCAAAAAUGAUAUCGUUAUCGAAAAUCACUAUGUGUCAGGAUUACUUAGUGAAAAGCGCCAAUUCAAAGGUGAUAACCUAUGGCGAGAAUCUAGAAGAAACUGUGAAAUUCGCUAUGGAUACCGCAAGCAGUGAAGACAUGAUUUACAUUGGAGAGGACCAUCCGGACGUUAUUAUUGGCCAAGCAACCGUAGGUCUCGACAUUUUAGAUGACAUGGAAAAGUUUGAAAAUGUUGAUGUGCACAAUUUAGAAAACGUAGGAGUUUCGGGAGAAGCUGGAGUUUCGGGAGAAGCGGGAGUUUCGGGAGAAGCUGGAGUUUCGGGAGAAGCGGGAGUUUCGGGAGAAGCGGGAGUUUCGGGAGAAGCUGGAGUUUCGGGAGAAGCUGGAGUUUCGAGAGAAGCUGGAGUUUCGGGAGAAGCUGGAGUUUCGGGAGAAGCGGAAGUUCCAAAAGAAGUGAAAAAUGUUAUUAUGGUACCUAUUACAAGUGGUUCAUUGAUCGCAGGUGUUGCAAUGGUUGUCAAGAAAAAAAAACCAUCUACUAUAGUUAUUGGAAUCGAGUCGGAAAUGUGUCCGAAUUUCAGCACGUCGCGCGAAGCGGGCGAGCCAGUAGUGGUUCCUGCAAAUUAUUCCACUUUGGCUGAUGAAUUAGCAGUUCCGAAGAUAGGAACUAAUGCGUUUUCCAUUGCAAACCCACUGAUCGACGGUUUGAUCACGGUGAAGGAAGGCUGGAUCGCGGCUGCGAUGUGUCAAGUAAUCCAGCACGAAGGGUACACCGUGGAGGGUUCGGGAGCAAUGGGUUUAGCAGCGAUCUUGUACGGUGACACGAAAAUUUUCGAGACUCAUAAAAAUGUAAAAAAUGUGGUGUUGCUAUUGAGCGAUGGUAAUCUCGACCCGACUGUCGUGGAGAAAUGCGUCCAAGUUGGAUUGUACACGCAGAAACGUGUCUUGGAAUUUACGGUGCAAAUGAUAAAUCAGUCGCAAGCUAUGGAAAAUCUCAUUAAGAAACUGAAGGACCUCGGUAUCAUUAUGUAUAAGAUUGAAUAUCGUACAUCAAGCGUCCAAAUAGUCUGCGAAACCAAGGAUGAGUCACACGCGAAUCUACUCGAGCAACUUCUUAAUAAGGAUCACGCCGGAUGGAGCGGAUUCCAGCUUUCAAAACAAUUGUUUUAGUUAUUGUAAUUUUUUUCUUGAUGAAUUGAUUUAAUUAUUUAUUUAUUUCUUAAUAAUUUAAUAAUUUAAAACUAC